UACAAAAAUAGAGAAGGAGAAAAAAGAGCAUGCUAAGCUGCAUGGAAUGAUCCGUACGGAAAUAAGUGGAGCUGAAAUUGCAGAAGAGAUGGAGAAAGAGAGAAGGUUCUUCCAGUUACAGAUGUGUGAGUACCUGCUGAAAGUCAAUGAAAUCAAGAUUAAAAAAGGAGUGGACUUGCUUCAGAACUUGAUCAAGUAUUUUCAUGCUCAGUGCAAUUUCUUUCAGGAUGGGUUAAAAGCAGUUGAAAGUCUCAAGCCUUCGAUUGAGACACUCUCGACAGAUCUUUAUACAAUUAAACAAGCACAAGAUGAGGAAAGAAGACAAUUGGCACAGCUUAGAGAUAUUUUAAAGUCAGCACUCCAGGUUGAUCAGAAAGAGGAUUCUCAGAUUCGUCAGAGUACAGCUUACAGUUUACAUCAGCCGCAGGGAAACAAGGAACAUGGCACUGAACGAAAUGGUAGUCUGUACAAGAAAAGUGAUGGAAUCAGAAAAGUGUGGCAAAAAAGGAAGUGCUCGGUCAAAAAUGGUUUUCUUACCAUUUCCCAUGGUACAGCUAACCGACCUCCAGCAAAGCUCAAUCUCUUAACCUGCCAAGUGAAAACAAACCCAGAGGAGAAAAAAUGUUUUGACCUCAUAUCACACGACAGAACGUACCACUUUCAAGCAGAGGAUGAACAGGAAUGUCAAAUAUGGACAUCUGUGCUACAAAACAGCAAAGAGGAAGCUUUAAAUAAUGCAUUCAAAGGAGAUGAUAACACAGGAGAAAAUAAUAUUGUCCAGGAGCUGACAAAAGAAAUUAUAUCUGAAGUCCAGAGGAUGACUGGAAAUGAUGUGUGUUGUGACUGUGGAGCACAAGAUCCUACGUGGCUUUCAACAAAUUUGGGAAUUCUAACUUGCAUUGAAUGCUCAGGAAUCCACAGAGAACUUGGUGUUCACUAUUCCAGAAUGCAAUCACUGACAUUAGAUGUGCUGGGAACAUCUGAACUUUUGCUUGCAAAGAAUAUCGGGAAUGCUGGGUUUAAUGAGAUUAUGGAAUUCUGUCUGCCAGUUGAUGAGAUGGUCAAACCUAAUCCUAGCAGCGAUAUGAAUGCACGAAAAGAUUAUAUUACUGCCAAGUAUAUUGAGAGAAAAUAUGCAAGGAAAAAGCAUGCUGACAAUGCAGCUAAAUUGCAUGCUCUUUGUGAAGCAGUCAAAUCAAGAGACAUUCUUGGAUUAGUCCAAGUAUAUGCUGAUGGUGUGGAUCUCACAGAAAAAAUUCCACUGGCCAAUGGCCAUGAGCAAGAUGAAACAGCACUUCACCUUGCUGUUAGGUCAGUUGAUCGAACAUCCCUUCAUAUAGUUGACUUUUUAGUGCAGAAUAGUGGCAAUCUAGAUAAGCAAACAUGUAAAGGUAGCACAGCCCUGCAUUACUGCUGUCUGACGGACAAUGUUGAGUGCCUCAAACUGCUGCUGAGAGGGAAGGCUUCUAUUGAAAUAGCUAAUGAAUCAGGAGAGACGCCACUUGAUAUAGCUAAACGCUUAAAACAUACUCACUGUGAAGAGUUGCUUACUCAAGCACUGUCCGGAAGAUUUAAUUCUCAUGUUCAUGUAGAAUAUGAAUGGCGAUUACUCCACGAAGAUCUGGAUGAAAGUGAUGAUGAUGUGGAUGAAAAGCUGCAGCAACCCAGUCCCAAUCGGAGAGAGGACAGGCCUGUCAGCUUCUAUCAACUUGGAUCAAACCAGCUUCAGCCUAAUGUAGCAUCCUUGGCAAGAGAUGCAGCGAACAUUGCUAAGGAUAAGCAAAGAGGAUUUAUGCCAAGUAUAUUACAGAAUGAAACAUACGGAGCAAUACUCAGUGGCAGCCCACCUCCCAUUCAGCCUGCAGUACCUGUUACAAGUAGUGCACCUCCUUUACCUCCAAGGAAUAUUGGCAAAGUUCAGCCUUCAGUUCUUGGCAGUGGUAUUCAGACAAUUUCUUCAUCUAAUGCAAUGUGGAAGACAAAUUCUUUAGGAGUGGAAAGUAUAAGCAGGCAGAGGUCUUCAUCAGAUCCACCAGCUAUUCAUCCCCCUGUGCCGCCAUUGCGUGUAACAUCUACAAAUGUGCUUUCUCCAGCACCACCGCCUCCAGUGGCAAAGACAGCCAGCAUUAUAGAAGCUUUGAACCAGCAAUCUAAACAGCAACCAGCUCCUCCACAGACUAAGCCAACCCCACCACCACUGCCCCCACAACCCCCUAGUAGAAUCUCUCAAAGAAAGCCUAUUCCUGGGGCUGAGAAGUCAUCUGGCUUAACUAACAAAGGGCAGUCCAGAGGACUUGGGUCUCUACAACAAACUGCAGCAGGAGAGUCAUCUUCUGUAUGUGAAAUACCAGUAACACAAACUGGUUCUACAGCAAAUACUUUGCCACAGAUCCAGCCACCAGCACCAAUGCCAAGGAAAUCACAGAUAUCAAAAACUAAACCCAAGAGAGUAAAGGCAAUUUACAACUGUGUAGCAGAUAACCCAGAUGAGCUAACUUUUUCGGAAGGAGAUAUUAUUGUAGUCGAUGGUGAAGAAGAUCAGGAGUGGUGGAUUGGUCAUAUUGAUGGAGAUCCCAGUCGGAAAGGAGCUUUCCCUGUAUCAUUUGUGCACUUUAUUGUUGACUAAAUUGCUACUGAUAAGUGGAGACAUUUCUCAUUUCCAGCAGUCACAGAAAUCAGUUUUGCUCUAUUUCAUUUCAUCUGCCUAUCUGCAGACACCUUGCCAGAGCACUGCCCAAGUCCUAGGUACUGUAGCUUACUUUUUUAUUGCCAUUGUUCUGAUUUUGGGACUUCUAAAACUUUUUUCUAUGUGAAAACUUCUCAUGAGCAGUUUACACUUUAAAAAAAAAAA